CGAGCCGGCGGCCUUCAUGGCUUACGAGGUGGGGUUUAUUUCCCUCAGCUUUCCCGGUGACCGAACCCAUGGCAAAAUCUCCGAAGCUGAAUUUGGGGCGUGAUCAUAGUGCAGCGACACAGCAAAAGAAGACUGUUACUUUGCCAAAUGGAGAUGGGGUGAUGAGAAAGGGGACGAAGCUUGCCGAUAGGAGGAUGAGGGAGAACGCUCUGGUCGACAAUUCUCUUGGGGAUACGCUUGGCCCCAAGGAGAUUUUGCCAGCUUUCUUGGGCAAAAUGAAGGAGGUUGAAAUGGAGGAUUCGUUGACCUCGGUGGACGUGGCCCCAGCACCGAUCCGACAACGACGGCUAUUACUUGACGAUGACUCCAACGACGAGACACUCCAUGCGGCGCCUUCCAAACAAACAAGGCGUUGCCUUGACCCUGCUGCGGUGGCGGAUGCUCCUCGUCAGUCUCGACGGGAACCUAAUGUGGAGGAAGGGAAGCUGAACAUGGGCCAACCCUCUCCAUCGGCCAAACGAGGGAAAGCCACAGCUAGGCCUCGUCAUUCAAAGCCAAAGGAUGUGGCCAGCGUUAAAGCUAAGCAAAGCAAGCCGAAGCAAAAGAAAGAUAAGAAAGGGUCCUUGAAGGAACCCUCCAUGUACUCCUCAAGAGAAUGUACUCCAUGUUGAGGAAAAAAUCAUGGGUGACUCG